GCGGUCCGGCCGCGCGGCGCCGGGAGGAGGCGCAGGCGGCGGGGGCGGCGGCGGGCGGCGGCGGGCGCGCGGGGUGCGGGCCGGCUCGGGCGCGGAGGAUGAAGUGGAGCGUCCGCGGGGCCUGCGCCGCGCUCUCGUCCUGUCUCCUGCUCGCCUGCGCGCUCAGCGCCGCCGCCGUCGGCCUCAAGUGCUUCUCGCUGGGCUCGGAGCUGCGCGGGGAGCCGUUCCGGCUGGGGGCGGCCGCCGGCGCCUUCUACUCGGGGCUGCUGCUGGCCGCCGGCCUUUCGCUGCUCGGCGCCGCCCUGCUCUGCUGCGGGCCCCGGGACGCGCCCCUCGCAGGGCCGGGGCCGGGCCCGGGGCUCGGGGUCCCUGCGGCCCCGGCCGGGGCUCCGGAGGCCGCGCCGGGCGAGCAGGCGGCCGCAGGGGGACCCUCGGGGCCGGUGAACAGCCAGAACCUGCUCCUGCUCGGCGUCCUCGUCUUCAUGCUCGGGGUCCUCAGCGCCUUCGCGGGCGCCGUGAUCGACGGCGACACCGUGUCCCUCGUGGAGCGCAAGUACUCCCACUACUGCCUGCCCCCGCGCGCGCCGGCCGCCGCCCCCGGCCCCGCGGCCGCCGCCCCCGGCGCGCCGCGCGCCCGCAGCACCCCGGACAGCGCCACGCCCGCCAAGUGCCGGCAGCUCAAGGACUACCAGCGCGGCCUGGUGCUCUCCACCGUCUUCAACUCGCUCGAGUGCCUCCUGGGCCUGCUCAGCCUCCUGCUGGUCAAGAACUACAGGUCGUCGCAGGCCCGGCGCGGCCGGCGCGGCCGGAGAAGGGGAGGCCGGGCCCUGGCGCGGCCCCGCGGCGGCCCGGGGCUCCGCGCGCAGCUGCCAGUCUCCCGGGCGCGGCGGGGCCGGCGGGGCCGGCGGGGCCGGCGGCUGCAGCCGCGGCCGAGCGAAGCCUCUAUCCUGUCCCCGGAGGAAUCGGACUUGACCGCCCCGGGGGACUGCGCGGACUUUGCGGCGCACCACGCCGUGUCCUACAUCAACGUGGGCGUCUUCCACGCGUUCGACGAGGCGGGAGUGGAGGUGUGCUGCGGGGGGCACCCGUCAGUGGAGCUGCCGGGUUACGCACCCUCGGACCCCGACCUCAACGCCUCUUACCCCUACUGCUGCCGGCAGCCUUGUGAUGCGGCGCGCCCUUGGGCGCCGGGCCGGGCCUGCUGAGCCCCCGCGCGCACCUCCUGUCCGACCGCGGGGCGGAGGAGCACAGGGCCAGGGAGCCCGCGGUGCACCUGCGAGGGCGGUGUGGCCGGCGGCCCCCAGGGCUCCCCGCCACCCAGCCCUCUGGGGUUACCAUUUUUGUGUCGGAGGCUUUCUUCUCUUCUCUGUCUGUCGGUAUCCGGAUUCCAUUUUAAAGUUUACAAUAAAUGUUUUGGGGUUGGCUCGCCCCCACCGCACUUCUCUGGCAAAUCCGUUCCCUGGGCCGCGCCCCGAGGCCCCGGGUGAGACCAGGGUAAUGGGGGAGGAAGGACCCUCGUCAAGAGGACAGAGACAAAGCAGCUGGGACUUAGGAAUGAGGGGAAUGACAGAGCCCCCAACAGCAACACUUUGUACACGGAUGUGCCUGCUUUUGUCCAUACUUUCUUACUGUAAAGCUCUCCAUAAACAGUGAAAAUGUUUGGUAAAUUUAUUGCAAUUUAAAAUUGGUGAGUUACUUUAUUAAAUUAAUUGCUAUGCUAUUGGAGAUAUUCAUCAAAUUGGAGUUGGAGAGUGCACACAAAUCAGUUUGGGGGGAAAUGGUUGAAUUUGGUCAUUUGUUGAGUUUAAACAGUUGUACGCUGCUAGCUGGUUGACUAAAUCCAACCUCUUUCUGAAGAUAACUUUCUGCGUGUAUAUCAAGUCCCAUACCUUUCUUUGUUUGGAAACUGGUGAUGGGGUUGCUAUUGCAAAGCUGAGCUUAUUUUUGGCUAAUACAUGAAAAUAAUCCAGUCCUAUUUUGGAGAAUCACAGUUACGUUUUUCUGGCAAAGAUUAUUUUCCUGUUGAUUACUUCAUGAAUCUGGUAAUUUUUAAUAUUGUAGCACUUCAUUAAAAAUAUACCCCUUAAUUAGCCUUAACUGAAGUGAAGAUUAGGGUUAGGACAUACAUGUGUGUGCAUACUUACACACACAAUAUGAAAUGCAUUCCAAAUAAUGUUGAAGUGUGUUUCGAACUAGUCUGCUGAGCUGGCUGGGAGCUGGGCAGGCUCACAGUCUUGGGGAAAGGUAAUCCAUAUCUGUGUGCCAGGCAGGUAUGCCACUGAUUCUGGACUUGAUGGCAGUAGAGCCCAACGCUGACCUACGGGGGCGUGCCUUUUGCAGAAGGAGCAGAGGCCAUGCACAAUAUUCUUGACAGGAGUACGCACAACGCAGAACGCUUGGUGAGAAAAGCAAAAGAAAUGAUGUGUGAGACCUUUAUAGUGUAUAAGGGGCCACUCGUAAUGGUGACAGUAGCCAGAUUUAGGGGUGGAGGUGGAGUUGUUGCCAGGUGCAGGCUCUGGAGUGGCGCCUCUCAGGUCCCAGCCAGAGUUGCCUUGUACCUGGGUGACCUAGGCUCCCGUCUAGCUGGGACCUGGCCGGGCUGCCUAGCCACAGCAAGGCUGCUGGAGAGAGGAGGCCCAUCUCCACACAGGGAUGUGGAGACCUAUCACCGUUCGCAGUCGCUCUGUGGCGGCGGCAAUCCCGUCACACUGAUGCCCGGGGAAUCACUAAGGAGCUUGGGGUUUGAUGGCUGGGGUGGGCCUGCGUCCUCUCCUUGUUACCGUGGUGCUGCGGGAGGAAGAGCAUUUCCUGGGUUCUCAUCCACGGGCCUCUUCAGAUACUGGUCCAUGUUAGACCUCUGGCUUCCACCAGAGGGAGGGCACGGCCCAGCGAGGCCCACCUCUGGCCCUUACAGGCUGGCCUCUCUUGCCCCUGCAUGACCAGUCCACUGGCCACCAACCUAAAGCAGAAAACAAAGGGAAAUUAUUUCACCUAAAGUGAAAAGAUACAGUGAGGUGACGGUCAGGACGAUUUUCCUCACUUGCCUAAAUCAGCUCAGUGAGACCCUGCCAGGCGGCUCCUGCCCCCUCCUGGAGCAGAGGCCGCACAGGCAGCUAGGAGCUGACCUCCCAGAGCUUCACAGCGCAAGUGGCCAGGUCACUGGGUGUCUGACGGGUGGGCACACCGUGGGCUCCUGUAGAAAGCUGCUGGGCAGGGGCUGACCGGGCAGACACAUGAGUACAAGGAUGUAAGCUGCCAGACCUCCCAUGUCCCUCCUGUUUUUGAGGUAUUCCACCUUACACUGUUUGUGCGGCCUAAAUGUUAGAUGCCUUAUGAGACUUUCAAAUCAAAAUAAGACCUCUCUGAAGUAUAGACUUUUCUUGGGUAGAACAGAGGGCAGAAGAGGAUGGGGCGGGCAGGAACUCCAUGCCUUCAGGCUGCCGGGACUUCCACGUGACCAGCAAACCAGAUGAGAUGACUCAAGAUGCUAAUGCCGCAAACUCCAUGAACAUUGAUGACUCCAAUUUACAGAGGCUGAUAAAAGGAUGCGGGAUACCGGGGUUUUAUUUUUUAAAGUUUCCUAGAGGAAAAAAAAUUCUAAAUAUCCCUAAACUCAAAUUGCUCCAAAGAUCAGUACUCAGGGAAAUGAGCGGAGAAUCAUGAAGCCAACGAGCUUCUAGUUAGGACUAACUUCCUUGUAACAACUCCAAAUUCCUUGAAGUUUAUCCAACUCAUGGCAACACGUUUUAUUCAUGUUCAUUCUACUUUUUGAAAGUUUGAGUUGUUUAGAAUUAAGUCUUUACACUUCUUGGAAAAUAAUGCCACUUUUUGGAUCUUUCUUUAAAGGGGUCUUACUCUGCUUCUCAGAAUAAUAAUAAUAAAUUCUUGGCUUGGUGGAGGCCAGACUAAGAGCUUAUUAACAUUAAGAUGGUGAAAUGCCAAAUUUAAAUUAAAUGCAUUUUAGCAUUUUUACAUGGCCUAAUGCUGAGUUUGUAAGUGUUAGUUUAAACAUAAAGGCUGUUUACUUUUAAGGGGAUAAUUUAAUUACGACAACAUACGUUGUAACCAAACCGUGUUUUCUCAAGAUCGAUAAACAGGCGCUCCUGGGGUCUCAUCAUACGGGUCACAUGCCUUUCCUCAGGGGGAGGGAGUGCUCUGCCCCUGACAACACAGACCUGGUCCACACAACUAAAUUUCUGACUGAAAUUUAAUUAAAUAAUCAUUUAAUUAAAAAACUCAGAUGGCAUUUUUGGUGAAGAUCAACUGCUGGUGAUUGAAGUUUUUACUCCUGGCUGCUGGUUUCAUGACAUGGUGCAGGUAGAAGCCUUGAGCCUACACACACACACACACAAACAUGAAUGCAUACACAUUCAUGCACACAGAAGCAUACAUGCACAUGAGCAUGAGCACACAAAAAUACACACGAGCGUGUGCACAUAGACAUUCACGUGCACGUGUACAGACAUGCACACACACAUUCUCACAUGCAUGCAAACACACACGUACAUACACACUGCCCCCUGGGUGGUGCCUGAGGGCCAGGCCAGCAGCCCUGCCUGGGGCAUCCAAGCGUCCAUGCGGAACCUGGCUGGGGUAAUUGGCCGGGCUGUGGACUACUGCCUCCCACUGCCUCAGCCUUGUAGGAUAUGCGUGUAGGAAGCAUGCCUUGGGGGCUACCUUUGGAUGCUGAGCAGCACGUGGGCCUGUGUACUUUGUCACGUCCUGGUGGGGAGUCCCCGCACCGGGAUGCCUGUACAGCACAGCAAGCCACAGUGGAGCUGCACUGGGGUCUGAGUGAGUGGCGGGGGCCCGGCUGAGUCCCUAGGCUCUCGGUGGGUCUGUGCUGCACACACGCUACAGCAGCUUGGCCAGUGCUGGCCUCUUUGGGCCACUUUUGGGCCUAGCUCCCCCUCUGAGCAAGGGCUGCAUGCAUGUCACACUGUCCAUGGUGCCCUCAGACUAUUGCCCCAAAGCAUUGUUUUCUCACCAAGAUAUGAAAGAAAAUAAUGACAGACACCUUAAGAAAAAUGAAUUGUGGUAUAAAAUAAGUAUAAACUUUAUAUGCCUGUGCACCUAUUUUUUUUCUGAGGCAGAGACAGCAUCCUGAUGUCAAUAGGUUUACUAUCCAGAUGAUCCAGUUUCUUUGCUUCAUCUGCUAAUUUUCAGCAUGGUGAUCGACAAGGACAAAACACCAACAGAUGGAAAAGAAAACUUUACUUGGGAAAUAGUACGCAUAUAUCAUUAUGUGCCCAGCUUGAAUUCUCCCAAGGACUUCCUGGGGUGGCAGGAGAAAGCCUGGUGGUUCCCAUUACAGAGUUGUAAUUAUAAGUGUUUUCUUAAAAUCUCCAUGUUCAGAGGGGAAUCUACUUAUAUGUGUGAGUUUCAUCUAUUUUGCUUUCUUAUUGCCUUUGAUCCUCAACAGAAUGUCAAUAA